GUAUCUUGAGCGGUUUCGACUUGUUUCGGGGAGGCUGAGUCAAACCAGUUUGCGUUCGUGCCCCCCGCCUUCCAGCUCCUCCGUCUUCGAUGGCCCCGGCACGCACCUCCAGUUCGCCACCGUCUCCGGUCCCGUUCGAGCCGCCGAUAGUCGCUGAAUCCGGCAGAAGCCCCACGUGGGACGAAUACCUGGCCAACAACAACGAAUUCACUCUCCCGGUCGUCGGCGACAACCUGGUCGAGUCACGACCGGCUUAUUAUGCGUCCCCCGGCUACACUGCAACGUCCAGUGGUCAUUCAUUACCUUAUUCAGCACGGGUAGCCAUCCCUGUUCCACCGCAACGUCGUCUCAGUCCAGCGCCAAUCCACAAAUAUAAAGUGUCGCCACCUCCACUCCCAACACCACCGUCGCCUCUGUUCACGAGCUUACGUCCCGCUCUGAAGAGAAAAGCAAAAGGCGAGAUUCCUCCUGGUACUCAGGUAGGACGCUGGACCAAGAGAGAGCACGAGCUGUUCCUCGAAGGCCUACAGCGUUUCGGGAAAUCCUGGAAGAAGAUCUCGAGUCUUGUACACACACGCACACUCGUACAGAUCCGCACUCAUGCUCAAAAGUAUCUCCAGAAACAGUCUCGCGCAGCGAUCAAGAAUGCCAAAAGUGUAGAGCCCCACCAUCAACCAAGAGUAGCUUCUCCCAGCUCUCUCAACUUUCAGAGUUGUCUGUCAGCUUCAUCCUCGCAAUCCUCAUUGGCGUCGUUCAAAAGCAUCAAUAGAUUGGACCAGUUACUACAGGAUGACAGCGCCCUACCAGCUUUCGUGGACGAGUACUACACCAGUCCGACUGCUAUCGAAGACGACCUUCUCCGGCCCUUAUUUACAAAGGAGCAAUGGGUGCAACAGCCCAGCUACUCCAAUAAACGUCGUCGCGUGGACACCAACGCGUCAUCAGCCACGGACAUCGCUUCGGUCGAGCCACUACCGGCGCCUAACAACCUGCCGUUGCCCAGUACCAGCUUGGAAUCGGCUGCAGUACUACUGGCAGCACACGAGCCUGACGAGACGAACGUGUGGCUGUAGCUAUUAUUCUUUUCUUUUUUUUUCAUGAGGCUUCAGGACGUCUAUGCCCAAUUGUUCAUACCCACUAGCCAACAUGCACAUACUUAAACGAUAAAUAUUGCGUUG